ACCACCACUCACUACCUACCUUCAUCACCUUACUCCAUCCCGCAUUCCCUCAUUCCAAGAGUAUCGCCAUCGACUUUGUUGUAGUUGAUACAUUCGAUCAGGAUACUUUGACCUUUUUGUCCUCCCUUGAUUACUUUCUGCAUCUUUCGAUCUUGAUCGUCGACUUUGUUCAACUUUAAUCCUUUUGAAUUACGAACUUUUUCCUCAAAAAACAUCGCCAUGGCAUCUACUACCAACGACUCUCAAACGCCCGCUGCUUCUGCUCUCCUUCAAGCGCUUUAUCAAGCUUCGGACAACCCUUCAGCCACUGUCGCUGCCCGUGCACUUGCUACUCAUGUUACCACCACCGGCCUCCGCUCUCUGGCUGUCGAUGGUAUUACUGAAGAUCUGGUCCGCGCUUCUCGCUCCAAGCUUGUUCCGGAGCGUGAGCGUGCCAUGAUUGCACUCGAGGAAAUCUGCCGAACUGUGGGAGCUCCCGGUGGUUUCGAUCCGUACAUCCUUCCUUUGCUUCCCGUCAUCCUCGAACGUUAUUCCGAAACCGGAAAGGCCGACGUGAUCGGAAAGGCUGCCGAGAAGGCUGCUAAACAAGUCCUCAAGCUCCCACCUCCCGAAGCUGUACCUAUGUUCAUGUCCGCCUUAUUCGAGAUCCUUUCGACCUCCGGUGUCAAGUGGAAGACCAAAACUGGUGCCCUAGAGAUGUUGACCGCCUUGGUUAAGAUUGGACCCGAUCAAAUCGCCGAACGCUUGGGAGAGAUCAUCCCUCACCUGACCGCAGAGAUGCGGGACACCAAAUCCGAGGUCAGCGCAGCUGGUCACAAAGCUGCCCUUGCUAUCUGUGGAGUGCUCUCCAACUUGGACGUCCUCCCAUUUGUACCUUUGCUAGUCAAUUGUAUGGCCAGGCCUGAUACCGUACCCGAUGCCAUCAAGCAAUUGUCAGCAAAUGUCUGGGUCAGAGACGUGGAUGGACCUACCCUUGCGGUCCUUGUACCCUUACUCCAGCGUGCUCUGUCCGAUCGUAGCUCUGUUGUUCAACGUCAGACUGUCAUCUUGGUCGGCAAUCUCUUCAAGCUCGUUCGAUCGCCCGAUCUCGCCCAUCACCACCUGAAGAAUCUUUUCCCUGGUGUUCAUCGAAUUGCGGAAACUGCCUCCUUCCCGGAAGUUCGAGAGUUCGCCCUUCAGGCCGUCAACACACUCACCAUUUCGGCCGGUGCCGACGAAGAAACGAUUGCCAACUUGAAGAAGACUGGUCUUGGUAGUACCGGCGCUAGCCCGAUCUCAUCUAUUCCCGGCACCCCUGCUAUGAAACUCAAGUUCGCCAAUGAAGACACAGACGCAUUCAUGCACACCUCUUUGACCUACCAAGCUACCUGCAUCGCCAGCUUAGUACGUAAGCGUGACUUUGACGAGGCGCAAUGGACCAAAUACACUGUACCAUACCUGUCACGAUUCAUUCCUGCUGCCACGGCCGAGCAGAUUGCUAAGGAGAACUUGAAACGAUGGCUCGAGAUUGACAAGGAACGAUACUUCAAAGCUGCUGGUGAUGACGACGAUGAUCCUACUGAGAAGAUUGUUGAUCUGACCUUCUCCCUGGCUUAUGGAGGUCUCUUGUUACUCAACCAUACCAUGCUGAAAUUGAGACGAGGUUGGAGGUACGGUGUAUGUGGAGCCAACGGUUGCGGUAAAAGUACUCUUCUAAAAGCGAUCAAUCGUCACCAGAUCGAAAACUUUCCAGAAAAUGUCUCGACUUUCUACGUCGAGCAUGAUAUUGAUGGUGAAGAUUCCGAAGCCACUUGUCUUUCCUUCUUGAUCGCGGACAAGUUUGUCAAAGCCAAGAACUUGACAGAAGACCAGAUCUCCGAACGAAUGAAGGAAUUCGGAUUUGACUCGGCGCGUCAGGGGGCCAAGGUCGACUCUCUCUCCGGAGGCUGGAAGAUGCGACUAGCGUUGGCUCGGGCCAUGCUUUGUGAUGCAGAUCUACUUUUACUCGAUGAGCCGACUAACCAUUUAGAUCGAGCAUCAAUUGAGUGGCUUCAAGAUUAUUUGAAAGCUCAAACUCGGGUCACCAUCUUGACUGUCUCGCACGACUCUGGUUUCCUGGACUCAAUUUGCACGGACAUCAUUCAUUACCAGACCAAGCAGUUGGUAUACUACCGGGGUAAUUUGUCUAAAUUCGUCGAGAAAUAUCCCGCUGCAAAAAGUUAUUACACCCUUUCUGCCUCCCUCGUCAAAUUCGUCUUCCCUCCCCCCGGUGCCUUGAUGGGUGUUCGAUCACAGACUCGAGCCAUCCUCAAGGCCACCAACGUGACCUUUACCUAUCCCGGAGCACCUAAACCUAGUUUGAUGAAUGCAUCUUGCGCUGUCACCUUAUCGUCUCGAGUCGGUGUGGUUGGACCUAACGGAGCUGGAAAAUCAACCUUAAUCAAACUCUUGACCGGAGAAACCGUUCCUGACUCUGGCAAAAUCGAAAAGCACCCUAACUUGCGAGUCGCGUAUGUCGCUCAGCAUGCCUUCCACAAUAUUGGUGCUCAUAUGGAAAAAACUGCUGUGCAGUACAUUGCAUGGAGAUAUCAGGAUGGUCACGAUCGUGAGCAAGCAAUGAAGGCUUCACGAGUACUGUCGGAAGAAGAAAAACGUCAAAUGGAGGUUCCCAUCGAAGGCAAGAAUGGAGAGAAGAGAAAAUUGGAGAUGAUCAUUGGUCGACAAAAAUUGAAAAAAUCAUUCCAAUAUGAGUGUAAAUGGAAAAAUAUGGACCACAAGCACAAUUCCUGGCUUCCGCGUGAGAAGUUGAUUGAGGCUGGGUUCAGUAAGCUUGUACAAGAACACGAUGAUCUUGAGGCUUCUAGAGAAGGGUCUGGUUCCCGUGAUUUGUCAUUCAAAGUCAUCCGAUCACAUUUAAUUGAUGUUGGUCUUGACGGUGAUAUUGCCGAAUACAACGAGCUGAAAGGAUUGAGUGGAGGACAGAAGGUUAAAGUAGUCAUUGCUGCCGCAUUGUGGAGCAAACCUCAAGUCCUCAUUCUCGAUGAGCCGACAAAUUUCUUAGACCGAGACGCCUUGGGUGGAUUGGCAGUCGCUAUCCGAGACUGGGCAGGUGCAUUUGUCUGUAUUUCACACAACGAAGAGUUUGUUGGAGCCCUUUGCCCGGAGAUUUGGAAUGUUGAAGGUGGUAAAUUGAUUCAUAAGGGUAAAGCAGCUGUAGUGGAAGGAGAUGCAUUUGAGGAUGGUAAACGAACCCUUGGAAACGGUCUUAACAGUAAGAAGAAUACACCUUCUGGUAGCAAGAGCGCUACUCCAUUGGCUAGCGCUACACCCUCUGCUACCAACUCGGGUAACGAAGCCGAGGCAGCUGAUCCUAAUGCAAUGCCGGUGGUGAAGAAAAAGAAGUUGACGCGUAAACAAUUGAAGGAUCGUGAAGAGCGUAGACGGAUGCGUAAAUUGCGUUGGUUGUCUGAUUCUACUGGCGCACCUCGUGAACCAGAUACCGACACUGAGGACGAGCAUUAAGGUUUGAUCGAUUGUGUACGAUUUUGACCAGUUGGCGUUCGAUUUUUUAUUGCUAGAUUAAAACCCUUUAAAUUAAAAACCUUUUAAAAUCUAUUUUCCAAUCAUGCAUUGGACAGCAGCAUCUCUUCAGUCAAAGAUCAAUGAUAGAAGGAGAAAUCCGUUUUGUGUGUGGUGGCAUGAAGUUUUCUUUCAAUUCACUUUCUCAACAUCUCCAUCUCUCUAUCUUUCUCUCGACUGUGUAAAUAAUUAAUGAGUUUUGAUACAAGGAUAUGGAGGUUUCCUUACCGAUAGAUUUCUUUUCUUCUUCUCUUUACUUUUUUUGUUUUAUCAUUUUCCUUAUAAACAAAGAGUCAAAUGAUAUGAAGUUGUUGAAGACCAUGUGUGUGUUUGUGUUCAUUUAUAGAUUAAUAUAUGGGUGCGCUUGUGCUUUAGAUGUUUGCUUUCUCUAUAGAAAAAAAUGAAGUGAUGUUUUUGACAUCUUUAUG